GCCAGCCAACAACCCUUUCUCAUUCCUUUGUGUGAUCACACCCAAGUCGUAUCCAUCUUUCCGAUCCGCGUCGCCCCGGUCAUUGUUUUACCGUUUGUGAACCCAAGUGUAUUUAGUUAGUCUUUAAGUGUUAUUUUGCAUGGAACAUACCUUUAUCGAAGACGUUAUUUGAUUAACAUUUAAUUCUUUCUUUGGGAGGAGGCACUCAGCCUCCUAUUUUUGUACCGAGACCAACCUGAUCGCGAAGCGAUCGCCACGGUUGGCUUAACCAUUUUCGUUUCUAUUGUGCAACGCCGCGAGUGUUGAAGUAGCAUGUUUUGUGAACUGUGUGACCUUGACUUGUAACGGUAAUUUAACUCUCUCUGUUUUAUUCGGUUGAUAACUAAGCAAGCUUAGUUUAGAAGAAAACACCUUAGAGAUUAAGGGGCGUUGAUUUUGAUUUUGGGGCGCGAUCAUGCUACGAUCGGGGGCGAUCGUACUGCUGCUGAUCGUAUUUGGCGUCAUUAUCAACAUUGGGAGCGUGGACGCCGGUCGCAAGUCGUCCUCGGGCAGUAGUCGGGUUGCAAAGGCUCCGGCAUGCGGUGAGAAAGAGUACCGCUGCGACAAUGGAGCGUGCAUUCCGGACGUGAACCACUGCAACGGCGCCAAGGACUGUACCGAUGGGAGCGACGAAGUUGGGUGUGAUUACUUCCUCUGCAAGAAACCGAUGUGGUACCGCUGCAAGCACGACAACAGCUGCAUCAGUGCGUCCUUCCUGUGCGACAAGCAUGACGACUGUCCACUCGGGGAUGACGAAGAGAACUGCGAAAACUACGAAGUUCCGCACAUUCCGGUCCCGUGCAGCAAGUUCGAGUUCACCUGCGCGGACAAAAUGUGCAUCCCGCUGGAUCUGGUGUGCGACGGGGUGCCCCACUGUCUGGACGGAUCGGACGAAACCAUCGGCUGCGCGGACAUCGAGGGCAAGUGCAAGGGUUUCCUGUGCAAGAACAAACACUGCCUCAAGAGUCACGACUGGGUGUGCGACGGGAUCGACGAUUGUGGGGACGGAUCGGACGAGGACAACUGCUUCAUCGGGUGCGAUCUGGAGCACGGGAAGUUCGAGUGUGCGGACAACAGUACGUGCAUUGAUUUGAAGCUGGUUUGCGAUGGAAGCAAUGACUGCGGAGAUCAUAGCGAUGAGGGCGGGGCGUGCAACUCGAAAGAUUGCGAUACGCUGAAGUGCGCGGAGGGCUGCAAGAUAACACCGCACGGAGCAGUUUGUUUGUGUAAACCGGGGUUCAAGUUCAACAAGAAGAGCAAGAUUUGCGUGGAUAUUAACGAGUGCGAACGCUACGGAUUGUGCUCGCAGGGUUGCGAGAACACUCCGGGAUCUUUUCAGUGCACGUGCGUCAACAAGUUUAAGCUGAAGGAGGACAUGAGGACGUGCGAGUUGGAUGAUUCCACCGAACCGCUGCUUUUGUACACAACUCAGAAGUCCAUCGGUGGUCUUCACCUGAACACCAAACAUCAAUACUACGUAGCGAAGGAUCUAUCGCAGGUCAUCGGUGUAAGCUACGACGGGAGUCACGUCUACUGGACGGACAUUUCGUUCAAAACCGAAUCUAUCGAAAGAGCUUUAGAAGAUGGUACCAAGCGGGAGCUACUGCUGACUUCCGGUUUGGCUUCGCCCGAGGAUCUGGAGAUAGAUUGGCUCACCGGGAACAUCUACUUCAGCGACAGCGGUCACAUGAUGAUCGCCGUCUGUUCGAACAACGGAGUUCAUUGCACCAUACUGAUUCAGGAUACGCUGCACAAGCCUAGGGGAAUAGCUCUGAUGCCUCAGAACGGAACCUUGUUCUACUCGGACUGGGGAGAUAACGCCAUGAUCGGAUCCGCCGACAUGGACGGUCGCAACAAGAGGAUCGUGAUCGAUGAAGACAUCCAUUGGCCAAACGGCUUGAGUCUGGAUUGGCCCAAUGGACGCCUCUACUGGGUUGAUGCCAAGCUGAAGAAGAUCGAGAGCGUCAAAGUGGACGGAACCGACCGGGUAACGGUACUGGCCGAUGUUCUGAAGCACCCCUUCUCGAUAUCCGUGUUCAACGAUCGCCUCUACUGGUCCGAUUGGGAUACCAAGAGCAUUCAGUCCUGCGAGAAGUUCCACGGAAAGGAUCGCAACAUAGUGGUGCAUGAUCGACAAAUUUUCGACGUUCACAUCUAUCAUUCGAGUCUACAGCCAAAGGGAGAUCAUCCAUGCCUUGGAAACUUCUGCUCCCACCUCUGCCUGCUAGCUCCAAACGAGAGCUACAGCUGCGCUUGUCCCUACGGGAUGAGCCUCAAAGCGGACAAACAUUCCUGUCGGGAGACGAUCAAACGUCAGUACCUCCUGCUGGGAAUCUCCAACUACCUCGUCAAACUGGAAACGCAAACCUUCGGACGCCACGAAUCGUCCCAGGCCGAUGCCUACCAAAUCUUCUUCCACCGGAUGGCAUUCAACUCGAUCACGGGAGAGAUCUUCGUCGCCGACAAUCGCCAGAAGGCAAUCUUCACCGUGGAUCCCAAGACCAAAUCGUCGCAGAAGCUGAUCACCACCGGCAUUGGAAACAUCUCCGCACUGGCUUUCGACUUCCUCGGUAACAACCUCUACUGGACGGACAGCGAGCGAUCAACGGUCGAAGUCUUCUCGCUCCAGACUCGCCAUCGGGCCAUCAUCCAGCACUACCUUGGCCAGGACGUGCCCGUCGCCUUGGCUGUCGUCUCCGAGAUCGGUAAAAUGUUCAUCGCUCUGCGAUCUCCGCUUCCCACUCCGCACACCCACAUCGAUCGCCAGGAUAUGACCGGUCGAGGCGCUCACCUGCACAUCAUCGAGGAGCGACUCAGCGGCAACGGAUCGUUUAACUUCGUCAUCGAUCGCGACCUCCGUUCGGUCUACUGGAACGACAUGGGCCUCAGCAGGAUCGAGUUCACCAGCUACGAGGGCGACACGCGGCAUCUGUUCCGGGAGUUCCUACGGCUUCCGGUAUCCAUAGCUAUCGUUGGCGAUAGCAUUUUCUGGACGUGUUACCGAUCGAAGCGCCUGUACUGGUCCGACAAGCACAACCUCGGCGUGACCAAGAAGAUCACCAUCGACAAACCUCCGUACGGUGCGUUCCCCGAUGAAAUUGUACUGCUGGGAAGUCAACCACUGCAGCGAUACGAUCACCCCUGUAUGAAGCAGAACGGCGGCUGUUCGCACAUCUGCGUUCCCGCCGGUAUGUACAGCGCCGCUUGCAUCUGUCCAACGGGAAUGAUCUUCAACUCGCCGAAGAACACGACCUGCAUCGAUGCGAUCGACUGCGAGUUCAAGUGCACCAGCGGUGAAUGCCUGACGAUCAGCAAACGCUGCAACGGGAACAAGGACUGCGCGGAUGGAUCGGACGAGAAGGGGUGCGAUGAGGAUGGACGGCCGAAGCAGUUGCGAUGCGAUUACGAUGAGUUCAUGUGCGCGGACAAGAGCAAGUGUAUCGAUCAGAAGCGAAGAUGCGAUGAGCACGUUGAUUGUGGUGAUGGAUCAGAUGAGGAGAAGUGCGAGGGGUACAACCGAGGAACUGGCUGCCAUGAGCAUCAGCAUGCGUGUCCGGACGGGAUGUGCAUCGAUGUGAACACGAUAUGCGAUGGAUUCCCGGAUUGCUUGGAUGGAUCGGAUGAGGUCGGGUGCACGGACUUGAACAACGAGAAGAGCAACGCCACGACCUGCGGACCGUUGAUGUUCCGGUGUAAUGCGGGCCAGUGCAUACCGAAGUGGUGGGAGUGCGAUGGGAAUCCGGAUUGUACGGAUGGGUCGGAUGAGCACGACAAAUGUUUGAAGAAGGCUGAGUGUUUGAAAGGAUUUACCAAGUGUGCGUUGGGGCACUGUAUUGAGGAUCGGUUGGUGUGCGAUGGGAACAACGACUGUGGAGACAACUCGGAUGAACUGAACUGUAAGGUCGAGCUGGAGCCUUGUGUGGGCUUGGAGGACGAUAAUCCGACCAAGUAUUUGUGUCCGCGGUCUGGUAAGUGUUUGGAUAUUGCGGUGAGGUGCAAUGGUACAGCGGAGUGUCCGGAUGGGGAAGACGAGGCGGGUUGCAGCAAUUGCGGCAUGCAGGAGUUCCAGUGCAAAAGCGGCAAGUGUAUCCGGAAGGAGUGGCGAUGUGAUAAGGAGGUUGAUUGCGAUGACGGAAGCGAUGAAGUGGAUUGCGUUAACGGAACGGCAGGCGAACACCUGGAAGAGCAUGUGGCAUGUGGAGAUGGAACGUUUGAGUGUAAGCCGGGUGUUUGCAUCGAGAUGAGUCAAGUUUGUAACGGCAGGAAGGAUUGUGAUGAUGGGAAGGAUGAGGGCAAAGGUUGCGAUGAAGCGUGCGCGAAGAGUCCAUGCGAGCAGAAGUGCAUCAAAACACCAACUGGGGCGAUCUGCGAAUGCCGCGAAGGAUACACUUUAGCCGGAAACAAGAAGUCCUGCCUGGAUGUAGAUGAAUGCGCAGAAGGAAGGCCUUGCGCUCAGCAGUGUCGGAAUACGUUCGGGUCUUAUCGUUGCUCUUGUUAUCCCGGCUUCAUGCUCCGAUCGGACAAGAUUUCCUGCAAAGCUGUCGGCCCUAGUCGUUACGUACUGUACACUUCGUACAACCAGAUACGUAAGCUGGAAGUGGAUCCACCGUCGAUCCGAAUUCUUAUCCAGGCUAACGAGUCCCGCAUUACGUCGAUGGACGUGGAUAUCCGUCGGCAGAUGCUCUACUUUACCGACGAAUACAACCCGGUAAUAUACGAACACGAUAUGGAACGCAACAGUACUCACGUGCUGUACAACGUAGGUCAUCCGGAGCAUCUGGCCGUGGACUGGAUCACUGGGAAUUUGUAUUUCUACGAUAGAUCCGAACCGUCGAUCAAGCUGUGCUCCGUUCAACGUCAACUCUGCUCGCGUAUCAUAACCUUCGCCUCGCAGGUCUUCGUCAAAGCCGUUGCUGUCGACCCUGUGAACCGGAUCGUCUUCUACUCGCUCAUGCACUUCUGGAUCUUCGAAGUUCCGCACUCGAUCAUCUACCGGGCCGAUAUGGACGGCCAGAAUCAGCUGGUGAUCACCAAGGACGUUUCGCACGUAACUUCGCUGCAGGUCGACACCGAGAAUAAGCUGCUCUACAUUGCCGACAUCAGCACCCGAACGAUCAAGGUGCUGGACUACGAGGGCAAACAGCUGCGUACGAUCAUCGAGAAGCAGAACCUUGCCGUUAGCCGUCCCAUUGGAAUCACACUGUACGAAAACCAAGUUCUCAUCCUGAACAUGGCGUCUUCCACGGUGGGACAGUGUAAACUUUACGGAGACUUUGAAUGUCGGUUGCUGGAGUUGAACGCCCAUAACUCGAAUCAACUGCUGAUCGUUCAGGAAUCGCGUCAACCGGAAGCCCAAAACGUCUGCGAUACGAGCAAAAUCAACUGUAGUCACGUUUGCGUACCCGGCGAUGACGGUUAUGGAAGGUGCAUCUGCCACAAUGGCGAGCGGAUCCACGAGACCGACAUUUGUCCUCACACUUCGGAUGUGAUGACUCCCCUGGUCAAAACGAACCUCGGAGAAGCGGCGCCUAGCGCCCACGGCUCUUCCGAAGAAUCGUCAACUGGUUCAACGAUCGCCAACGUCUUCCUGGUGCUGCUGGUCCUAAUCCUGGUCGGCGGAGCAGCCGGGUACAUCUACAGGCGCCGCUUCCAGCACAAAUUCGACAUCGGAAUGCACUUCCACAAUCCGGAACUGAGCACGGCCGAUGCGGCAGAGGUCAAGAUGUUCCAGAAGGUGCCGCGGCUCAACCAGACCACAACGCACAACGAGCUGACCCUGGAGACGCCUCCUCACAGACCUCCGUGCCAAGGUGAACCCAACUCCGAUGAUUCGUCCCGGCAGCACCAAAACGUGACCAGCACCGCUCUGGAGCUGGAGAACAUGUCCGACGUGGACGCCAUGGAGGAUGCCUACGACUGCCGGGAUGACCCCUUGCAGCGGUUAAUCGUGUGAGAGCCUGGUUUGGUUACUUUGCUGGCAAUAAGUAACUCCACAACCACCUAUUUGUAGUUGGUAAUGUAGUCUAAUAUUAGUAAUUUGUAACAAAUAUAGUUGUCCAUUGUUAAGCAUAAA